AUGGCUGACACAUGUUCUAUGCUGUGUCUGAUCAUUGUUACUCUUUUUAUUCCGCCUCUCGGCGUCUUCAUGAUCUCAGGAUGUAGCACCGACUUGUGCAUCAACAUCCUUCUCACGAUUCUAGGAUACUUCCCUGGCCACAUCCAUGCAUUUUAUCUGGAAUACAUCUAUUACCAACGAAGCAAGAUGGAUCCUGCGUCUCGAUCAAUGCAGCGCAAUGCGCCAGGCGUGUACUCGGAACGAAUCCAGAACGGUGGCCAUUCCGGUCGGGGUUACGGGACCAUGUGA